GGCUGGAGCAGCCUCAGCGUCCAGAGCCAUGGGCCCUGGGCGCCGCAGCCAGUCCCUGCGCGGGUCCCGGUCCUACGGCAAGCUCCAGGAGCCCUGCGGGCGGUGCUCGGGGGGCCGCCUGCGCCGGUCUCUGAGCCUCAGGGAGCGCGGUGAGAAACACAGGCCCUCGGACGCGAGCCCCGACACCCCCGCUCCCGAGCGCCUGCCCGGGGCCCUGGGGGACACCGAGCAGCUGAUCGAGGCUCAGCACCGAGGCGGCCGGCGGUGGCUGAAGUCUUGCCAGCAGGUCAAGAGGCGCUGGGAGAGCUUCGUGGCCAGCUUCCCCGGAGUGACCCUGAGCCGGCCGGCGUCCCCGGAGGCCCCGCUAGGAGCCACCAGCUAAUAAGGAAGCUGCCGCUGCGCCCGGAUGAGACGCCUCGGACCCGUGUGGACGGUGACUGUGGACUGCUCUGGCGCUCACGGCUGCCUGGCUCUGCCUCCCGGUCACUUCUGUCCCCUGUGUGUCAUCACCCCCGCCCACGGUGGCACGUAUGACGUUCUCAGAUUACCGACCUGUCCCCAGAGCGGGGAGGAAGGGCCUGCCCCAGUCCUGCCCAGCUUCCACCUGGAACGGAGCUCCGUGAAGCCAGACGUGGCUGAGAGCUCCCUGCACGCACUGGGGCCCCCCCAAAACGGUCCAUGAGCCCCCGCAGGACCGACGUGCACACCGUCUGUUUGUCCAUCUUCAUGCCUGAAGGAAGAGGGAUGAUGAGCAAGCC